GUCAAGUUUUGUUUUUUAGAUCUGUAUUGAUUCUGCCUAUAGGAUUAGUACAUGAGUCCAAUGAGAAUGAAGUAGAUGUACACUGGCUUAGUCUUUCUUGAUUAUUUUCAUUGCAUUCUUAUUGACUCCCUUUAUAUGCUACCUUUCCGAUGUACUAAUUAAUCUAUAGUGUAAACAUUUUGACAGAUGUAUUAUGAAACUACUCAUUAGUGUAUAUCAACAUUAAAAAUAACGACAAUAGGACUUAUCCAACAUAAGAUGAGGCAUGAUGCAAUAUUUCUUUCCAAAGCCUUUUAUUUUGAAACUGGAGAGUUUUUCUCUGAAACGCCUCAGAUGUGUUCCCUCCAGUGACCACCAGAGAGGAUAACAACACAUUUCAGAGAACUUCCGCCUCUCAUUUAUUAACAACUACGUGUGAAAAUAAGACACAAGAUUGCCCUUUACAGGACUAACAGUGAGCAGACACAGUGUUUGUUGCAGAGCUGCAGAGGAUUAUAGUUGAUUUUGCUGAUUGGUAGAUAGAGCCUGAGUAACAAGGCUGCUUUAGGAGGCGGUGCUUCAACGUCAUAGUGCGUAAAUGAAACUUAACUUUUGUCAGCCCAGAGCUGCAGACUCCUGCGUUCCCGUUUAAAGAAAUAUUAAAACGAUUUCGUCAAUUCCUUCUCAACAACUGACCCAAAUAUUGAGAUGUCAGCUGUCAGCUGUCUGCUGUAUGAAGACCAGUUUCGAUGCUCCAUCUGUCUGGACGUGUUCACUAAUCCAGUCUCCACACCAUGUGGACACAACUUCUGCAUGAACUGCAUCACCAAACACUGGAGUUCUAUUUACAAGUGCCAGUGUCCCUUGUGUAACAAGGCUUUUACCACCAGACCUGAUUUGAGGGUCAACACCUUGCUCUCUGAGAUGGUUGUUCAGUUCAGACAGUCCACUCAGCAGAAAGCCAGCAGCAGCAGCUCAGAGCAACAAGAGUCCAAACCAGGAGAAGUUCCCUGUGACGUCUGCACUGGAACCAAAGUGAAGGCCCUCAAGUCCUGCCUGGUGUGUCUGGCCUCCUACUGUGAGACUCACCUGGAGCCUCAUCUGACAGCUUCACGCCUGAGGAAACAUCAGCUGAUCGAACCUGUGGAGAACCUGGAAGGCCGGAUGUGUACGAAGCACGAUAAACCUCUGGAGCUGUUCUGUAAGAGCGACCAGACGUGUGUCUGCACGCACUGCCCCGCCUUAGACCACAAGAUGCACAAGAUUGUUCCUCUGAAAGAAGAGUAUGACGAGAAGAACGCAGAAUUGGUGAUGAAAAAGGUGGAGUUACAGCAGAUGAUCCAGAGGAGAGAGCUGAAGAUUCAGGUGUUCAAACACUCGGUGAAGCGUAUUAAAAAGAACGCCCACAUGGAGGCAGCAGAGAGCGUUCGGGUCUUCACUUCCCUGAAGAAGUCUCUCGAUAGAGGCCUGAGCGAGCUCAUCAAAGCGAUAGAAGAGGAGCAGAAAACCACGCAGAAACAGGCUGAAGCUUUCAUUAAAGAGCUGGAGCGGGAAGUCUGCGAGCUGAAGAAGAGGAGCGCUGAGCUGGAGAAGGUCUCCCUGUCCGGAGACCACGUCCACCUCCUUCAAAGCUUCCAGUACCUAAACGCCGGUCCACCCACCAAGGACUGGACGGAGGUCAGCGUCCAGCCGCCGUCCUACGAGGGGACCGUGGUGAGCGCUCUGCUCCAGCUGGAGAAGAACCUCAGCACGGAGAUGAAGAGGCUGUUCGCUGAGGCUGAGCUGAGGAGGGUCCAGAAGUUUGCAGUGGAUGUGACUCUUGAUCCUGAAACAGCUCAUCCUGAACUCCUCCUGUCUGACGAUGGGAAACAAGUGAAACACGGAGAUGUGAAGAAGAAUCUCCCAAACAACCCAGAGAGAUUUUCUCAUUAUAACUUUGUUGUGGCCAAGCAGAGCUUCUCCUCGGGCAGAUCCUACUUUGAGGUUCGGGUCAGAGGGAAACCCAAAUGGAUCUUAGGCGUGGUCAGCGAGUCGGUGUACAGAAAGGGACCCGUUACCAUGACACCUGAAGAUGGAUACCGGACCAUAUGGCUGAGGAACGGAAAUGAAUACAAAGCUCUCGCCGGCCCGUCGGUUGUUCUCUCUGUGAAGUCUGGUCCUCAGAAGGUGGGGGUGUUUGUGGACUAUGAGGAGGGUGUGGUCUCCUUUUAUGACGUAGAAGCUGCAGCUCUCAUCUACUCCUUCACUGGCGGCUCCUUCACUGAGAAGCUCUUCCCGUUCUUCAGUCCCUGCAGGAACGACAGGGGUCAGAACGCCGCCCCUCUGAUCAUCUCUCCCGUCAAUCAAAAUGUCUGAUCUUAAUUUUAGGAUUUUUUUUAAGCGUUGCCAGCGAAACAUCAUACUAAAUAAUCUUCCCAAAUUUUGUCAAAAAGGUUGAUUUGAAACAAUCAAAUACAGAAUCUAAUGCAGACACUGUGGGAUUUGAUUGAAGACAUAAAAACUAAACAAUCACAGGUGGAUCAAGAUCCUCAUUUAUGGCAACAAAUGUACAUUUUCUUUAGUAUCGUGUUCUUUGAUCAUUAUUCUGUCAUCCAGUGAGUCAUAAGAUGUGAAAACAGGAACUGGAAGAGUUUACUGACAAAAGACUGGAUUUGUUUGAUGGUUUUGCUUCUUAAAGACAAAUGUGAGGAAUGUUGAUUUUACUUUGUUAAUCACUGGGCUUUUGAUAUAAUUGCACCGUUUGUUUUAGUUUAUUUUCUUUCAUUAUUUUUGUUUUAAAUGCUUUACAUGAAGCACUUUGGACGGCUGUUCAUUUUGUGUUUUGAACGAUAUAAUCACCAGAUUAUUUAGUUUUUAAACGGCGUUACUCACACGUUUAGAGGAGGUUGAUGUACAGUACGUCAGUGACUAAAACAGAUGCUGUAAAGAGAAUAAAAUCAUGUUUUGUAAUGAAUGACAUUCGUCUGCUGUGGAAAUUCAUUGCAGUAAAGUCCGUUGCAGGAG